AUGAUUCUAUCGUGCCGUCACAGUCCUCUGGUCCUCACUGGUUCUGUUGACGCCGAGAAGAAGAAGGUGAAGUCGCCGAUGAUGAUGAUUCUCGUGUUCUCCCUCUCUUCUCCACCGUCGCUGGUGCCCCCCUCGCGUUCCGCUUCCUCUGAAACACAAGCAUUAAUUACAAUCACUUAUGCUUCAUGGCUUAUUAUUCAUGCUAAGAUGAGCAAGACUUACCCAUGUUAUUACUCAAGCACAGCUCCAAUGAGUUUCAUGGCAGCAAUCUUAUCAACUGCGUUUGCUUUUGCUUUUGAGAGUGAUUUGAAUCAAUGGAAGUUUGGCUGGGAUGUUAGGCUUCUUACGGUGGCCUAUGCGGGAAUUAUUGUCUCUGGAAUAAUGGCGGUGGUAAUGGCAUGGUGUGUGGACAUGAAAGGCCCUCUUUAUCUGAACGCUUUUAAUCCUCUUCUCCUUGUCUUUGUGGCCCUAGCUGGUUCUUUUAUGUUGGAUGAGAAGCUAUAUCUUGGAAGUAUAAUAGGAGGAUUGUUAACAGUGUGUGGACUAUAUAUGGUUCUAUGGGGAAAAGGCAAAGAGAUGAAGAAUAUGAAACAACUUAUUCCAUCACAAAGUAGCCUUCCUGAAAUCAUAGUGAGAUCACCAACACGGGAUAAAAUCAGCCCUCAUAGCAACAAUCCUGAGGUUGAAUUAGUUACUGAUUGUGCUAAUUCAAAGAUUCAUCGAAAAUUGCAAGUGAAGGAGUAUAAUGCAAUAUAA